GUGGCUGGGUGGGCGCCACAUGUGUUUUGUUUACAUCCAUGGCAGGCCGGAGCUCGGGGUCCGAACUUCACUGUCUCUUCACUUGGGGGGCCAACAGCUACGGCCAGCUGGGUUUGGGCCACAGAGAGGACGUUCUGCAGCCUGAGGGAGCGCGGCUGGGGCAGUGCCUGGAGGGGGGUGUCAGGAGCCUGGCCGGGGGUGGAGGGCAUAGUGCCGUGGUCACAGAUGCUGGGGAAGUGCUGCUGUGUGGACAGAAUAACAAAGGCCAGCUGGGUUUGGGUCACACCGUGGACGCCCUGCUCUUCACCCCCUGCGCUGCGCUCCGUGGACACAACGUGGUUCAGGUGGCCGGUGGCUGGGACUUCACUCUCAUUCUCACAGGAGAUGGCCUGGUCUUAGCGUGUGGCUCCAAUGCAUUCGGGCAGCUUGGAGUUCCUCAUCACCCAGCUGGCAGCUUGGUCCCCAUGCCCAUCAAGUCCCUGACGGAGAAGGUAGUGGAGGUAUCUGCUGGACUCAGGCAUGCCCUGGCUGUUACAGAAGCUGGUCGGGUGUAUCAGUGGGGCACUGGCAUGGCUGCUCAGGCUAAACGGAGCUUGCAGCCCCACCCUGUCCCAGCAUUCCUUGCUGCAAAGCAGCCCUGUCAAGUUCCAGGUUUGGAGAAUGUGAAGAUCAGGAAGGUGGCUGCGGGUGCUUGCCAUUCUGUCUGUCUCUCGGAGGAAGGAGUGGUGUUCAUGUGGGGUAGUAACAAGCACGGCCAGCUGACCAGCUCCGAGCCCUUCCUGUGCCAGGCUCUCCGCAUCCACCCGCGGCUCUUCAAAGGGGCGGCGGUCAGCGCGGUCUGGAGUGGGUGGACGCACGUGGUCUGCAGAACAGAGAGCGGGGACGUGUUCACUUGGGGAAGAGCCGACUAUGGGCAGCUGGGGAGGAAAGCUGCAGUCAGUGGGAAUGGAAGGACAGAGGCACGUGACUGGACUGAUGGAAGUUCAACCCAAUCAGCAGCUUGUGUCCCUCUGAGGGUGCUGGAUCUAGCAGGAGCUGCUCAGGUGUCUUGUGGUUCUGAGCACAACCUGGCUGUGGUUGGUGGACGCUGCCUGUCCUGGGGCUGGAACGAACACGGCAUGUGCGGGGAUGGAACCGAAACUAACCUCGCAGCACCUCAGCCAAUUACCGCCCUCCAAAACACUAGGCCUAUUCUGAUUGGCUGCGGGGCAGGACACUCUAUGGUUUUUUGCAAUAGAACAUAGCGUGAAAGAUAUGCAAUAGAAACGGCGUGCAUACUGAUGAAGAACGUAUUCUGGAAUACCAAGACCGUGUUGUUUAUCUACCUUGACGUUAGCUUUUAGUGAUUUCCAAUGAAAUAAUGCUUUUAACAAUAUCGGAAAUGAGGGCAGGACUUGAUUUUUAGAAACAGUAAACCCCUGAGUGACAUUCUUCAUGGAUAAAUAUGUCUAGCUUAAAAGCCCACUGAAACAAAAGGCAUUUACAGUACACUGUGACUGUACGCUGUGUUAGACUUCGGCUAGCCAGUUGAUUUCUGCUUCUUCCUCUGGAGCCCAGGAAUGUCCUGACACAGCUUUAGGGAAUCCUGCUGUUGAAAAUUACAAUUUUAAUAGAUAAUGAAGUCGUAAUUCAGCGGGCAACGUGAAGGGAUAUAAAUGGGGAUCUCUGGAAGAUUGAAUACUCCCGAGCGCUCUAAAUCACAGCUCGCACAGUGGCAAUAAAACAUCCCAGCUGUCCGGUCACCCCCCCUUCAUCUCCCGUUUAGUUAUAUUUCAUCCUGGCAGCGCCUCUGUGUCCCCCACUCACCGGCAAUUAGACCUCCGGAUCGGGAUCUCGUUUACAAGUGCGGCCCGCAGAGGGACAUGUGGGAAUACUACAGCUCAGGGGUGAGAGCGUUCAGUCAGCAGAGUUGAAUCAUGGGCUCGGGUGAAGUGUUUGUUUCCCCUCUCUGGCUCUGCUGGUUGUAGAGCACCUGUUAUCUGCUUCUGCUUCCAUGUAAAAUUGUGGUGCAUAGGGUGCUUUAGUGUGUAAGUUGACGUUAAGGAACUGGUAUGACCCUCUGAUCUCAUGUUAUGUCCUUCGGUUUCAUGGUUAUGGUGAGGGCAGAGGAAAAUAUUCAAGGCAAAUGGGAGUGGGGGAAGGCUUAGGCUGAGGGAACACAAAGCCACUUUUUCAAACAGUGGCUUGAAACCUGGUUCCAGGAGACAU